ACUGGUGGCCAACGCAACAUGGCCUCGUCACUUCUCGCAACAGCAGGAGGACUUCUGUUACUUUUCUCCAUCUCAUCAGCACAAAUCCGAGGAGACAACAUCGCAGCAAAAUGCAACAUGAAUGACGGCUUUGGACUGUACUGCCCUACAACAUGUGGAGUGGCAGAUUACAUGCUGAGGUAUAUGCCAGGAGUGGACAAGGAUUUAGACCAUAUGCAAGAGCAACUUGACAUAAUUGCUAAUUUGACCAAGGAGGCCGAUGAAACCGCUGUCUACAUGAAAGAUAUGGCUGCUUCCGCUCAGAAGAGUUCCCAGCCAGACUCAUACUACAAAAAGUCAUCAAGUAUGCUGGAUGACGUUGCUCGAUUUGAAAAGACCAUCGUCACACAGGAACAGCAAAUUCUCGAUCUUCAGAACUUAAUUACAUCCAACGAGAGGAGAAUGUCGGACUUGAAACAACUCUCCAUCCAGCUGCAGCAGAAAUGCAGUGAACCCUGCAAAGACUCAGUUGAGAUCCAACCCCUCACAGGAACAGACUGCCAGGAUGUUGCAAAUAAAGGUGCCACCUCCAGUGGUCUUUAUUAUGUGAAGCCAGCGAAAGCCACUGAGCAGUUCCUGGUCUAUUGUGAGAUUGACAGCUUUGGACGCGGCUUCACAGUCAUACAGAGGAGGCGCGAUGGCAGCGUGGACUUCCACAAGGACUGGAUCCAGUACAAGGAGGGCUUUGGCUAUCUCUCACCAGAUGACACCACAGAGUUCUGGCUCGGUAACGAGAAGAUGCAUCUCCUGACGGCCACUGCAACCAUCCCGCUUGUGCUGAGGAUAGAUCUUGUCGACUGGCAGGGCAACAAAAGGUAUGCCGACUACACCAUGUUCAGAGUUGCACCAGAGGUCGACAAGUACCGUCUAACAUACGGCUACUAUUUUGGCGGUGAUGCUGGAGACGCCUUCGAUGGCUUUGACUUUGGUGAUGAUCCCAGUGACAAGUUCUACACGUCCCACAAUGGCAUGCAGUUCAGUACCUUCGACAAGGACAAUGACAAGUAUGACGGCAACUGUGCUGAGCAGGACGGCUCCGGCUGGUGGAUGAACAGAUGUCACGCUGCACAUUUGAACGGCAAAUACUACCAGGGUGGCACGUACACAGAAAAGGACGCAGGUGAAUUUGGCUAUGACAACGGUAUUAUUUGGGUGACAUGGCAUGACCGCUGGUACUCCUUGAAGGAGACCACCAUGAAGAUCAUUCCCCUCACCCGCAUCACAGCAGGCGGUGGACAGCAGACUGGGGUGAAACAGUUGGCUGGCCUUUGAUAUGUCUACAAAGUACACUGAUAUGCCAAUGCUCAGUUUAGGCUGCAGUUAAGCACUGAAACCGCCUUCAAUGAAAUAUCAUGCCUCCAUGGAAAAUGUCCUACUUAACCCUUGUCUUUUCCGUCGACCGUGAACUUGUUGUCCUUCUGGGUCAAAAUUAAUAUUAACCUUUUUUGGCACUUUUUCCAACAUUUUGUUGCUUUCUUUAAAUUCAUGGUCAAUUAACCUAAUUUGAAUGGCAUUAUACUUAAUUUUUGAGUUUAGAAAAAGCAGAAAUUACGAAUUAUUUUGACUAAUAGUUGCGAUCUGAGGAUGUUGAGUGGAUCACAUACUGGUGUAUGUCAAAGUUCAGUCAGGAUACUGUUUUUAAACCUUUUUUUUAUAUCAAAUGCUAAGAAAUUGAAUAAAACACCCAAAAUCCAAUGGAAGUAAUCAUUCAUUUUACCUGCGAAGAACAUUGUUUGGGUUCCAUACAACGUACAUGCAUGCAUCCAAGUUAUUUUUGG